CACGACGUGGGGGCCUUUUAGCAGUUCCUGCGGAAAGGCAUGGUGGUCGGACCGUGAAGCUUAUAAUACAGCACACAAGUACGCGUCGCCUUUUUUCUUACACGUCCCUUCACACACCCUUUUCUUCCACUUGUUAUAAUCUUGCUGUUUUUCAUACACAACAAUGACACAUACUGCACCGCCACCAGCGCUCGAUUUCAGCAUUAGUGCCAAGCAGGUCGACGAAAUCACCAAGGCUGUUAUCAAGGAAGAACUUGAAAUCAAUGAUGCCAUCGCUGCCCUGAAGCCCGAAGAGCAGACUUAUGAGAACGUGAUCCCUCGUUUGAUUCGUCUUGAGAACACCUUGUCAGGCAAAAUCCAACUGGCUGGCUCGCUCAGUCAAAUUUCACCUAACGCUGACGUUCGUGAGGCGUCCGUCAAUGCCGAAAAGGAAUAUGAGGAGUUCAGUAUCGAGCAGACCAUGCGUCACGAUCUCUAUCUUGUGAUCCAGGGUGUCAUUGAUAAGACAGAUCGAUCUGCUUUGCCUGCUGAAGAGGCUCGAUUGCUUACCAAGACUGAGCGCAGCUUCCGUCGCAACGGCUUACAUCUUCCUGAGGACAAGCGCAACGAGUUCAAGGCUUUGCGUAAGCGUAUGAGCGAAGUCUGCAUUGAAUUCAUGAAAAACUGGAGCCGCGAAAGUAGCACUGUCAAGUUCACCAAGGAGGAGCUUGAGGGAAUGGAUGACGAUUUCUUGGGUGGUUUGGCAACGGAGGAGGAAGAUGGCGUCAAGAAAUACAUUCUGACCAUGAAGUAUCCUGAUGUUCGACCCGUUCUUAAGCUUUGCAAAAACGAAAACACCCGCAAGACUCAUAUCACCGCUUUUGACUCACGUAACAGGGAAAACAUUGUCCUGCUCGAAGAGGCUGUUCGUCUCCGUAGACAAUGCGCAAAGAUCUUGGGCUACAAGUCUCAUGCUGACUUUGUGCUCGAAGUCAAGAUGGCAAAGUCCGUUGAUGCUGUCCGCAACUUUGUUGAUGACUUGGCCAAGAGAUUGCACGAACCCGGUCUCAAGGAUAUUGAACAGCUUACGGCAUUGAAGCGGGAAGAAAAAGCCGCUCGUGGUGAAGAGUUCGAUGGUGUACUCAACCCAUGGGACACGAGCUACUAUGAACGCAUCUUGCUGGAGAAGGAAUACUCUGUCGAUCAAGAAGAAAUCAAAAAGUACUUUAGCCUUGAAACCACCAUUCAGAAGAUGCUCGAGAUCUAUGAAAAGGUUCUUGGUCUCAAGUUUGUCAAGGUUCCUGCUGAAAAGGCAGUAGUGUGGCACCCUGAUGUUCAGUUGUUCGAGUGCUGGGACGCUGUUGAGGACAAAAGCUUCUCUGGCUACAUGUACCUUGAUUUGUUCCCUCGUGACAGCAAAUACCCUCACGCUGCUUGUUUCCCCAUGCAGCCAUCUUACAUUGCCGAAGAUGGUAGCCGAGUCGCACCAAUUGCAGCCAUGGUGGCCAACUUCACAAAGCCAACUGCUGACAAGCCAUCGCUUUUGAAGCACGAUGAAGUCGUCACUCUAUUCCACGAGUUGGGCCACGUCAUGCACCAUCUUUGCAGCCGUACCAAGUUUGCCAGAUUCCACGGUACUUCUGUUGAAGGUGACUUUGUCGAAGCUCCCUCCCAGAUGUUGGAGAACUGGUGCUACGAUACCAAGUCUCUCAAGUACCUUUCCGCACAUUUCCAGACUGGUGAACCUAUCUCGGACGAAAUCAUCGACCGUAUCAUCAAGGCUAAGAAUGUUAUUGCUGCCUUGUUGAACCUUCGCCAGCUUUUCUUUGGUAUCUUUGAUAUGGAGAUCCAUACAUCCGAAGAUGAAAAUGUGGACACUACCAAGGUGUACAAUGAGCUGCGUGAAAAGAUCUCUCUUGUCAAGGCGCCUGAGGGCUCUUGCGGUCAAGCAUCCUUUGGUCAUUUAAUGGGCGGAUACGACGCGGGCUACUAUGGCUACAUGUGGUCCAAGGUCUUUUCCAGUGACAUGUUUUUCACCAAGUUCGAAAACGAUACACUUUCUCCGGAAACUGGUUAUUCCUACCGCAAGUGCAUUCUCGAGAAAGGCAGCAGCAAGGACGGUAUGGAUUUGUUGAUAGAUUUCCUUGGACGUGAACCAACAUCCGACGCAUUCAUGAGAGAAGACAUUGGAGUGCAAUAAAGAAGAAGGAUGGAAUAGGUCCAAAUAAAAUAUAGGUUAUUAUAUUUCACAUUUGUCGUAUGUACUUGAAGGAUUUGAAGUUCCCGUUUGAUUUUGUAGAAUAAAGAAAAAUGCAGCCCAUUGCCACAUA